AGUGUGAAGAAAGGUGUUAUAUUUGCUACCUAUUCUUCUCUGAUUGGUGAAAGUCAAUCAGGUGGAAAAUAUAAAACUCGUUUAAAGCAGCUUCUUCAUUGGUGUGGAGAGGACUUUGAUGGUGUUAUUGUGUUUGAUGAAUGUCACAAGGCUAAAAAUCUGUGUCCAGUUGGUUCAUCAAAACCAACGAAGACUGGUUUAGCAGUGUUGGAGCUACAGAACAAGCUGCCUAAAGCCAGAGUUAUAUAUGCUAGUGCCACAGGUGCCUCUGAACCAAGAAAUAUGGCUUAUAUGAGUCGAUUAGGAAUUUGGGGUGAAGGUACUCCAUUUAGAGAGUUUAAUGACUUCAUCCAAGCAGUGGAAAGAAGGGGUGUGGGUGCUAUGGAAAUUGUUGCCAUGGAUAUGAAACUGCGUGGAAUGUACAUUGCAAGACAGUUGAGCUUUACUGGUGUGACCUUCAAAAUUGAAGAAGUUCCUCUCAGCCAUGAUUAUGUCAAAAUGUACAAUAAAUCUGUGAAACUGUGGGUAUUGGCCAGAGAGAGGUUUCAACAAGCUGCUGAUUUAAUUGAUGCUGAGCAACGAAUGAAGAAAUCAAUGUGGGGUCAAUUCUGGUCAGCACACCAGAGAUUUUUCAAAUACCUCUGCAUAGCAUCAAAAGUUAGAAGAGUGGUCCAGCUUGCUCGUGAGGAAAUAAAAAAUGGAAAGUGUGUUGUCAUUGGUCUGCAGUCAACUGGAGAGGCAAGAACUCUGGAAGCUUUGGAGGAAGGUGGCGGAGAGCUGAAUGACUUUGUGUCUACAGCAAAAGGAGUAUUUCAAUCUCUAAUUGAAAAACAUUUCCCUGCUCCUGAUCGAAAGAAACUCUUAAACCUGCUAGGAAUUGACUUAACAGCACAAAGCAAUAAUAAUUCUCCCAGAGACAGCCCUUCGAAAGACAGCAAAACAAAAAAGAGAAAAGGUGAGGAGCUGUCUCGUGAAGCCAAAAAACCACGCAAAACUGGUGGACUUGCUGGUAGCAGUUCAGAUGAGAUGGACAGUGAGUCUGACGCAUCUGAUAAGGACGUGGAGAGUGAAAGUGAAAGCUUUAAGUCUUUAAGCUCUGGGGAUGACGAAGAUGAUUUUAACCCUUUUAGGGAUGAAUCCAGUGAAGAUGAUGAAGAUGAUCCCUGGCUAAUUAGAAAAGAACAUAAGAAAAGUAAGAAUAAAAAGAAGAAAAAGAAAAGCAUUGAUCCAGAUUCCAUACAAAGUGCCUUAUUAGCGUCAGGACUUGGGGCUAAACGUCCCAGCUUUUCAUCUGUUAAAUCUGUUCCCGCAAGUGCUGCUUCUAGCCUUCCAGCUGUUUCAAGUAGUGCUCUAUCCACAAACUCCAGCAACAGUUGUGUCACUAGUCAAGAUUCAGUGGAAAGGGCUCAGCAAAUGAAAAAGGAAGUUUUGGACAAACUGGAUGAACUGUCAGAAGCCCUUCCUCCAAACACAUUGGAUGAACUUAUCGAUGAGCUCGGUGGUCCUGACAAUGUGGCAGAGAUGACUGGUCGGAAGGGCAGGGUGGUCAGCAAUGAUGAUGGAAGCAUAUCAUAUGAGUCGCGAUCAGAGCUUGAUGUCCCUGUAGAAAUUCUUAAUAUCACUGAAAAGCAAAGGUUUAUGGAUGGUGAAAAGAAUAUAGCAAUCAUCUCAGAAGCUGCCAGUUCAGGAAUAUCUUUGCAAGCUGACCGCAGAGCUAAGAACCAGAGAAGAAGGGUGCACAUGACCCUGGAAUUGCCUUGGAGUGCAGACCGUGCCAUUCAGCAGUUUGGUAGAACACAUAGAUCUAAUCAAGUGACUGCUCCAGAAUAUGUCUUCCUCAUUUCUGAAUUAGCUGGAGAACAAAGAUUUGCUUCAAUUGUUGCAAAGAGAUUAGAAAGUUUGGGGGCCUUAACGCAUGGUGACAGGAGAGCAACAGAAUCAAGAGAUCUAAGCCGCUUUAACUUUGACAACAAGUAUGGAAGAAAUGCUUUGGAGAUUGUCAUGAAAUCAAUUGUGAGUUUGGAUGCUCCUUUGGUUUCACCACCUCCAGAUUAUCCUGGUGACUUUUUCAAAGAUGUUCGUCAAGGGUUAAUUGGCGUUGGGCUUAUAAAUGUUGAAGACCGUUCAGGAAUUUUGACUCUUGAUAAAGAUUACAACAACAUUGGGAAGUUUCUUAACCGUAUUCUGGGUAUGGAAGUCCACCAACAGAAUGCCCUCUUUCAGUACUUCUCUGACACACUCAAUGCUGUUAUACAGAAUGCAAAGAAAAAUGGCAGAUAUGACAUGGGAAUUCUAGAUCUUGGCUCUGGGGAUGAAAAGGUUUCCAAGGCUGAAGUUAAGAAGUUCCUGACACCGGGAUAUUCCACUUCAGGCCAUGUAGAAUUGUACACAAUAAGUGUAGAAAGAGGAAUGUCUUGGGAAGAUGCAACUAAAAUAUGGGCUGAGCAAAGUGGACCAGAAGAUGGCUUUUACUUGUCACAGCAGAUCAGAAAUAAUAAGAAAACUGCAAUUUUAGUUAAAGAGAUCAACCCAAAAAAGAAACUUUUCCUUGUGUACAGACCCAAUACUGGAAAGCAGCUGAAACUAGAAACCUUAUCAGACUUGAAAAAGAAAUACAAGAAGGUAAUUUUG